AUGGCGAACUCUUCUUUUGAGUCAUGGACAUAUGAGGAGCAGGAGGAGUACCUCUACCAACCGGCGAUGGAGGCGCCUGAGGGGCUGGUGUCCAACUUGGAUGAUCCGCCCCAGGAGACUUCGCUGGGUUUCUCUGUAACAGUGGCCUGCACAGUAAUAGCUGGAUUGGCGUUGUUAUUGAGGAUUUACUCAUACGCAUUCUUUCGCAGGCGUCUGGCGGUCCAGGACCUGCUGGCAUUGUUCGCGAUGGCCACGUUCGGCGCCAUGCUUUGGCCAGGCUACUUCAUGACAUACAUCGGCGCUCUCUUCGUUCAUCAAUGGGACAUAGACCGUUGGACAUUAGCUGACGCAUUAUAUAUGGGCCACAUCGCCGCUACCAUGUAUAUCCUCACCAUGUUCUUCGCCCAGUCCGCUAUAUUGCUCGAAUUGAUUCGUAUCUUCAUCCCCGGAAAUGUCCAUAUCUUCGUUCCCGGGCACACCCACAGCAAGUUCUUUUGGGUGUGCAGGGGCACACAAUUCGUGGUCGCCAUUUACUGGAUAUCGGUGUUGAUUUUCCAGCAAUUCUGGUGUCGACCUCUAAGCAGGGCUUGGAGCCCAUGGGCGUCGGGAUCAUGUAUUGACAGAAAGGUUGUGGAUAGGCUCUCCGCCUAUAUCAACAUUUUCAUCGAUCUCAUCAUCUAUAUUCUGCCCCAGACCAUCAUCUGGAGGUUGAACUCGUCGAUCCUAAACAAGACUACCCAAUCGUUGGCCUUUUCCUUUGCUUUGAUAAGCCUUGCACUUGCUAUCGCUCGCACCCACAACAUGCACUCCUUCGUAUACGAUGGCGACACAAACUACAGUCUUUCCUCUGCAUAUUUGUGGGCACUCGGCGAGUGUUUGAGCGUCAUUCUGGUGUACUGCGCACCGUCCGUCUACCACAUUAUCACGGAUCCGAAAAUGCCCCCCGGCACCUCAUCGACGAUUCAGUCAGCCAGAGACAAAUUCCGAAGCAGUGCUACGAAAUCAACAUCGACGAGCAACGGAAAUAGAUGGCAGGGAACCAGCUCAAAUCAUUCUGGGCCUUCCAGCCUACCGCACGAAAACCGGUACCAAAGGAUGGAAGAUACCGAGCUCUCUCAGCUAUCUACAGCC